CAGGGAUCCCAUUCACAAUCAAGUUGCACAGCGAAAGAUCAAAAACGAGGAGGAUGAGCAGUGUUUGGUUAAGCAAAAUGGAAAACAUAGAACACACAACAGUAUCCACAAAUGGCAUAAAGAUGCACGUAGCAUCAAUAGGGACAGGUCCUGAAAUCCUUUUCCUUCACGGCUUUCCUGACCUCUGGUACUCAUGGCGACACCAACUUCUUUCUCUUUCUUCGCUUGGUUACCGCUGCAUAGCUCCUGAUCUUCGUGGCUAUGGCGACACCGACGCACCUGAACCUGUGAAUCAGUAUACUGUUUUCCACAUUGUCGGAGACCUGAUCGGGCUUCUUGAUUCGCUUGGGAUCCAGCAAGUCUUUUUAGUGGGUCAUGAUUGGGGAGCCUUAAUAGCUUGGUCCUUGUGCAUAUUCAGACCUGAUAGAAUCAAAGCCCUGGUGAACACGAGCGUCGCCUUCAUGCCGAGGAUGCCACAACUGAAGCCUCUGGAUGCGUUCAGGAUGAUGUUCGGCAACGAUUACUAUGUCUGCCGAUUUCAGGAACCUGGAGAGGCUGAAGAGGAGUUUGCUCAAGUUGAUACUGCUAGAUUGAUUAAAUCAUUUUUCACAUCUCGGGACCCAAAGCCACCUUGCUUCCCUAAGGAAGUAGGAAUCAAAGCUUUACCAUGUCCUCCAAGCUUGCCCUCAUGGUUGACAGAAGAAGAUGUCGACUACUACGCUGCCAAAUUUAACCAGAGUGGCUUCACCGGAGGAUUGAAUUAUUAUCGAAACAUGAACCUGAACUGGGAGCUUACAGCUGCAUGGACUGGGACGGAAAUCAAAGUGCCAGUGAAGUUCAUCGUCGGAGAUUUGGAUCUUGUCUACCACAUUCCUGGUAUGAAGGAAUAUAUACACAAUGGUGGGUUCAAGAAAGACGUGCCUCUUUUGGAAGACGUUGUUGUAAUGGAAGGUGUAGCUCACUUUCUGAACCAAGAAAAGCCAGAGGAAAUUAGUAAACACAUCUAUGAUUUCAUUAAGAAAUUCUGAUCAGAAAUAAUCGGCGUAUGUUGUUUGUGUUUCACGGUUGCUGUGUUGUUCCUCAACUUCAAUUCAGUAAAUAAAAAUGCACCAUCUAAUUGUGCUACAAUGUU